AUGUUGUAUCAAUAAUAACUGAAUCAAAAGCUGCAGCAUUAGCUUAUGGUUUAGAUUACAGUUAAGAAAAAAAGAAUGUAUUUGUUAUUAAUUUUGGUGGAGGCACUUUAGAUAUUUCUGUUGUUGCUGUUUCUAAAAAUAAGUUUUAUGAUAUAACACAUGCUGGAGAAUCGUUUUUAGGAGGAGAAGAUUUUGAUUAAAGUUUAGUUAAUUAUUUUAAGUUUAAAAUUAAAGCUUCAAAAAAUAUAGAUUUAAGUAAUGAUAAAGAAGCAAUUCAAAAAUUACAAAUUGAAGCUUAAAGAGUUAAAGAAGCUCUAUCUGAAAAAGAAGAAGUUAAUAUUCAGAUCAACGAUGUGAUAAAAGGAUUUCAUUUUAUUGAUAAUAUUAACAGGUAAAGAUUUGAAGCAAUAAAUGAAGGAUUAUUUAAUAGGAUUAAAACAGCAUUAAAAACAGCUUUUGAGGAAUCAAAUUUAGAUAUAAAAGAUAUUCAUGAAGUCAUUCUUGUUGGAGGAUUGAAUAGAAUCCCAAAAAUAUAAGAAAUUAUUUAAGAAUUCUUUAAAGGAAUACCAAUUAGGAAGGAUAGAAUAAAUGAUGAAUUAAUUUGUGCUGGAGCUGCUAUUAGAGGUGGUAUAAUAAGUUAAAAAAUGCCAUAUAAAUACAUUUAAAUUAUUGAAGUAGAAAGAACUUCAAUUAGUUUUGGUGUAGAAACAGUAGGAGGAUAUAUGAGUAAAAUUAUUCCAAAGGGGACUAUAUAUCCAACAAAGCUUUCUAAAAAAUAUACUAUUAAUCAUGAUUAUUAAGAAGAAAUCUUAAUAUAAAUAUAUUAAGGUGAAUCAUAUAGAACUUUAGACAAUGAGAAAAUAGGAGAAUUUAUUUUAUCUGGUAUAUAAAGAGCUAAAAAAUAAAUACCUUAAAUAGAAGUCACAUUUGAAUUAGAUUUAAAUGGAAUUCUAGAUGUUACAGUUAUUGAUCUAGAUACAAAGAGUUAAUAAAAACAUAUCGUAACAACCAAUAAAAUGAGAUCCUCCCAGGAAGAAAUUGAAUAAUAAAAGGAAAAUAAUAAGAGAGAACAAGAAAAAUUGUCGUAUAAAAGAGAAUCAACAAUUAGAGUUCUUGAUCUGUAUAUCAACAGAUACUAAAAUUAGUUUUAAGUAUAAAUAUUUAAUUAGUUAGUCAUCUGAUUUUGAGAAACUUUGGAGUAAAGAUGAAUUAGAUUCUAUGAAAGCUAUGAUCUCUGCUAUUUCAAAAUGGUUUCAAUAAAAUAAAAACGAUAAAAAAAUUAAAACUUAAGAAUUUGAAGAAUAGCUGUAAAAUUUUAAAAGGUAAUACAAACAUGUAAUUUAGUAGAAUCGAAUAAAAAAUAAAAGAAAAAAUCAAAUAAAUGGAAAACCCAUCUGAAGUAAAAGAAUAUUUAUGA